UAAAAAUUUCCGAAUAUGUGACAUUACCAAAAGAAGAUUUUCUUAAUCUUCUGUUAUAUAAAGUUUUGGAACCAUUCAAACAAGACAAAUUAAAAGCUUUGAUUUAAAGAAUAGUUUAUGAUGUAAAAAUACAGGUUUUAGUAUGAAACAUUUCUUUUAAAUGCUUCAAUAUGAGACUAGCAGCUUUGCUGCCUAUCCAGGCUAUGGUCAAAGUUAGAAGUGUUCCGAUAAAUUUGGCGCAAAAUUUUAAACGAACACUGACAAUGCAAUCGACAGCUAAGUGUAGAGGAGCUCUCAUUGUAUUUGAAGGAUGUGACCACAGUGGCAAAACAACACAAUGUAAAAAACUUAUUGCAGCUUUGAUUGAAAAAGGAAUAAAAACGGAAGCCAUGCGUUUUCCAGACCGAACAACAACAAUUGGUAAAAUGAUUGAUGGUUAUCUUAGUAACAAAUGUGAAAUAGAAGACCAUUCAGUUCAUCUUCUAUUUUCAGCCAACCGAUGGGAAAUGGUGCCCAAAAUAAAAUCCAAGUUAGAAGCAGGAAUUACAUUGAUAGUGGACAGAUAUGCCUAUUCUGGUGUGGCAUUUACAGCAGCUAAAGAGGGGUUCGACAUAAAUUGGUGUAAACAGCCAGAUGUUGGUCUACCCAAACCAGACAGAGUUAUCUACCUUACAUUAAGUACAGAAGAGGCAGCAGCUAGAGGAACAUUUGGAAAAGAAAGAUAUGAACAAACAGAAUUUCAACAAAAAGUCUCAACAAAUUUUGAAAAGUUGAAAGAUCCAACAUGGCAGGAAGUUGCAGCUGACAAGUCUAUAGAAGACCUACACAGAGAAAUUUUAGUUAUUACUAAAAAAAUUAUUGAGGAAUCUGGUGAUAAACCUUUACAACAAUUAUGGUCAGAUUAAUAGGCUUUAAUAUUUGUUCAGGUUGCAAAAAUAUAAAAAAUCAUGUUUAUAGGAUAUUUAAUGUUGGAUGGACAGGAUGGGACAAAGAUAGUAUCUGUUUUGUGUUUUUCAUCUUUCUGUAAUUAAGCAUACCCCAUAAAGCGAUUUGUGAUGUGGCUUCUUGAGAAAAAAAUAAAACUUUUUUCAGUCAAAAUAAAAAUUAAUUUCUUUGCAUACAUUAACAACAAAGUAUUUACACCUUUAUUUUAAUGGUCCUCUGGUCUUAAAAUCAACACAGAUGGUUAAGCUCAGUCACUUGUUAAAAAUUGAAAGAUGUCCAAUAUCUCUGCAUAGAUGUUUUGUUUACAUAUUAUAUUUGAGUACCUCAACUUGAGCCUUAGGUGCAUUAGGGAUAUUGACCCAUCUAUGUGUACAUAUUUAUAUAAUCUUUGCAGAUUUUCCUGGUGGUGAAACUUAGUCAAUUUAAUCAGUAUUCUAGAUGAAGGGUAUCCAUUUCAUGUUACCAAGCUUCAUAGAUAUAGGAAGAUGUGGUAUGAGUGCCAAUGAGACAACUCUCCAUCCAAGUUACAAUUUAUAAAAGUAAACCAUUAUAGGUCAAGGUAAUGCCUUCAACACGGAGCAUUGGCUCACACCGAACAGCAAGCUAUAAAGCGCCCCAAAAAAUUACUAGUGUAAAAACAUUCAAACGGAAAAACCAACGGUCUAUAUAUAUAUAGCUAAUCUAUAUAAAAACGAGAAACGAGAAACAUGUUUACAACUUAGUCUGCAAACUUCUAAAAUGUUUAUAUACACAUUAUAAAUAUGCCCCUCACAUUGUAUACAUAUUUUGAUGUUUUUGCAAAUUUGGAGAUAUCUUAGUAUUGCAACCCAGCAAUUUAAGUCUUUACCUCAUCUAUUCCAUUAUAAUGUAGUAUAUAAAUUAUUCUAAUUAUUCAAUUUAUUAUAACCAUAAGUUAUUUAGUCUGAUACAAUAAAUGUUUUCUGUGAUAUUGUGUAUGAUCUUAUGCUGAUUACAUUAUUAUACUUCAUAAUAAAUAUUUUGUAGAAUUGUA